ACCGGAGGAUCGACUCCACACGGCUCGUUGUGCUCACUACCGCUGGCGUCCUGCACGGGAAUUUGACACAACCAGAGAGAUGUUCCUUAUCAGAAGGAAGGCCCCUGGAUUUAAAAGUAUUUGUGAGUCUCAAUGCGGACUGUAGUUUUAGUGAUUGUGAGCUGGGAUUCCACUGUCAAUCACAAGUUGAUUAUUCUUGGCUCACCACCGCUGUAUUCUCAUCCAACUUCUUCUUUUACUAGAUGAUAAAAACAGUCCACAGGAUUGCCAUCCAUGGUUUCUGUCCUAAUCAAUACUAUAUCAUCCUACAUUAAAAAGAUUUGCAAAGGAAUGUUUACAAAGAAAUUGGCAAACCCAAUAAAGAAGAAAGAGAGAAGUGAAAAUAAAGAGCCUAAAUUGACCACUGAUUUGCAAGCACACAAUCUAACUCUCUCUACCACACUGAAGACUACAGUUAAAAAGAUUUCCAAAUGCUCUUCGGCACGUAACAUAUCGCUUGAAGAAGACGACGGAAAGAACGACUGCUCAUCCCUGUCACCCACUUUCAGUUAUCGUGUAGCUAUAGCAAAUGGACUCCCAAAAAACCCUAUUUUUUUGAAUAAUAAUGAAAGUAUAUUUCCUGAGGUUCUUUCGAUUGAUAGCAGUUACUCUGACUUCUUGAGUGAGACAAAACUUGUCAGGAGACUGGAUGAGCAUAAAUCACACACUAUGCCAGUAAGACGAAACAGGAAGAGCCUCAUUAGUUUGGCUCCCUCUGAUGGCAGCUCUGAGGGUGAACGAGUGGAACGCUCCAGUUUACACACACUUAGGCUGGGUGCUCUACGCAAGUUAAGAAAAUGGAAAAAAAGUCAGGAAUGUGUCUCCUCAGACUCCGAGGUGAGCAAUUGGAGGAAAACCUUGGGCAUCCGGAGCAAGUCCUUGGACCGUGCUGGACGGCAGCAAAAGAGCUCUACCCUGGAGCCUGGCUCCUCUUCCACAGGUUGCAUCAGUCAGACCCAGGAUGUCAUGGAGAUGAUCUUUAAGGAGCUUCAGGGGAUCAGCCAGAUAGAGACAGAACUGUCUGAGCUACGUGGUCAUGUAAAUGCCCUAAAAAGCUCCAUUGAUGAGAUAUCCAGCAGUGUGGAAGUAGUUCAGAGUGAGAUUGAGCAGCUUCGCUCAGGAUUUGUCCAGUCUAGAAGGGAAACACGUGACAUUCAUGACUACAUAAAACAAAUUAGCCACCAGGCCAAUAAUUCAACCUUGCGGUUUCUCAAUGUUCCUGAAGAAAAGACAGAGAAAACCGAGAGUCUAAUAUAUAAAAUACUAAAAGACAAAAUGGGUUUCACUGAUGCCAUUAAAACAAUUAAAAUUGAGCUUGCUCAUAGGUUAGGGCAACAAAGAGAAUGUUCUAAUGCAAAACCCCGCCCUAUUAUUGUCAUUUUUGCAACAACCCAAGAGAGGGAUAUAGUCUUGAAAAAGUGCUAUAAACUUAAAGGAACAGGCAUUACAGUAUCUACUGAUAGUUUAACUCAUGAUGGAAAGGAGAGAAAAGACAAGACAAUGUCUUCCUCGCAAACCUAUGAAAGCAUGGAUAUAAAGGUCUCAGGAAAGGAUAAAGUAGGGGAGAGUGAUGACUGGGACUCAAUGGACAGUGAUAAAGAAUUAGACGAAUUAAGCAGAAAUAAAUAUGCAAUGGUGAUUUCAAAGCCUGUUCACAAGAGCAAAUCAGAGAAAAGGCGAUCCCAUGACCAUAGCCGGUCAGGAGAGGAAGCAGGCUACUCAGGCGCUGUUCACUAUGCUGAUGACUUGUACUAUGACCCAGACAAACAUGCAAAGGCUUACUACUCUGAUUUGACCCCUGGUUGGCUUUCCCAGAGUGAGUAUUCUACCCCUAAACUCAGCCGCUCUGAGUCUGACUGCUCAAAACUUUGCCAGUCAUACUCAGAAGACUUUUCAGAGAGUCAGUUCUUUACACGGGUUAAUGGCUGCUCCCUGCUGUCCUCGUCAGAUCAGGAACUGUGGCAGAGAAAACAAGAAGACAUGGCCUCUUCCUGGUAUGCUAGCGACAGUCACCCACUCAGCCAUGAGAAUCAAACUUAUGAACCCAAUGAGAUUGAGACUACAGAAACUAUUGACAGUGGGGUGAGCAAUGGGCUUGUCUGCAUGUCUGGGGACAGAAGCCACUACAGUGGCUCCCAGCUCUCUCUGCAAGGUGACCUAUCACCCUGGAAAGACUGGCAUCAUCUGGAGCAGGGUGCUGACUCUGGCUUGGAAGCCUCCAUAGAGGUUAGCAGUCCCUUUGACCCAUCAACCAUCCCCGGUUUCCCAGAAAACAUCACUAAAUGUCAGGAGGUUGAUUUACAAUUUGAAGGAGAUGAGGAAUUCAUGAUGCUUGACAGAGAACCAUCCCUACCACUUAUAACCACCCACAUUAUUUCUCCCAUUACGGAACGGGAGUCUGUUAUCAAGACAUCUGCCCGGCAGUCUAAGGAGGGAAACAAGAUGAUCACAAAAGAAAACACAAAAAUAUCAUCUAAAGAUACCCCUAAAGCUGCUACGAAAGUUACACAUAAACAGACUAAAUUGGCUCCUAAAGAAGAAACCAUGAAAAUAUUGCCAAAGGAAAGCUCAAAGGUAUCUGCUAAGGUUUCAUCUAAAGUGACUUCUAAAACUCCUAAAGAGUCACCUAAAGAGAUUCAGAAAUCUGCAGCUAAAGAAUCCUCUCAAGCCCUCCCUAAAGACAUUCCUAAAGUCACACCUAAAGAUGCCACUAAGCCAAUUGUUAAAGAAGUAUCUAAAGUGGCAUCUAGGAUAACUUCUAAUGUGGCUACUAAAGUCACUCCUAAAGUGACCCCAAAAGAAAGCCCGAUAAUGACUCCUAAAGAAAGCCCUAAAGAGUCACCUAAAGAAAGCCCUAAAAUAACCCCAAUUGAGAGCCCUGUUUCAACCCCUAAGGAGUCCCCUAAAGAAUCCCCUAAAGAGUCUCCUAAAAUCAUUGCUAAAGAUCCCCCACAAAUUGCAUCAAGAGAAGGUCUGAACAUUGUUGCUAAAGAGGUUACCAAAGAAGCUGCAAAACUGCCCCCAAAAGACGUCCCCAAAGAGAUACCUAAAUCAGCAUCUGAGGAGACUGUUAAAGUACCCACUAAAGAAGUUUCUAAGAUUCCACCUAAAGAAGCCCAGGAGGUAGCCCCUAAAGAGAGUCCUAAGGCGCCCCCCAUAGAGACCCCUAAAGCCACUCCAACAGAAGCCCCUAAAGUAGCACCCAAAGUAGCCUCUAAAGAUGCCCCUAAGGAAACCCCCAAAGUAGUUCCUAAAGAUAAAUUCCCUGAACUGGAUAUCAAUCAUAGCUUUCACCAGACCCAGAAUAAGUCUUCAACUAUGUACCGCAGUCAAAGCGAGAUUCGAACAGAGAAGGUUGAUGAGGUUCCCAAGUCUUGGAGUAGUAGGCUCAGCAUAGAUCUCAGUGAGAAGUCCUUUGGUUUUGGCUUUGGUUCUACACUGCAGAGGGCUAAGUCAGCUCUGGAGGUUGUUUGGAAGUCUGGCUCUCAGACUCCUACCCCUGCUCCUCCGGAAGAGCCCAACAACUCAUCAUUUAUGGGGCGUUUCCGCACCCUGUCCACCUCUGGUGCAAAUAACUCUUGUACUACAACAGACUCAGAUGCCCACACACAGCCUGUAUUUAACAAGUCAGAGGAAGUGAAAGAAGGUGCUGAGGCAGAAACUGUGGAACAACCAGUGGACAAUGAGACCCACUAUGUUGAAGUAAUGGAGCAGGUACUAGCUAACUUGGAGAACAGAACUAAUGCUAAUGAGACAGAUGAGCCCGCGCAGGAGUGCGAGACUUCUCAGGACUAUAGUGUGUCUGAUGACCUUGAGGCCUCUCAAGACGAUGCCUUCCAGGAUUUUGAAGCCUCUCAAGAAUUUGAAGCCACAGAGGACUUUGAGGCAAGUAAAGAGGCAUGUGUUCUGGAGUAUGAUUGCAGUUUGGAUGAAGCGUACAAUGAAGAAUAUGAAACCCCACUCACAGAGGACACUGCUGAAUAUGACGCAAUGGUGGAGUAUGUAGACGUAGAAGAACCGGACGACAUUGAUGUGACAGAGGAGACGGAAGAGGGUGAUGAGGAGUUAGAGGAUGUAGAGGAGAUAAUAGAGGAGGCUGCUGAGGUGUCUGAAAAGGUGGAGCAACAGCAGGAGGAUGAGAACAAAAAUGUUUCAGAGGAGAAGCCCACAGAGGCUCCACCCAAGAAACGUGUUCGACCCACAUUCAAGGAAGCAGCACUGAGGGCCUACAGGAAACAGAUGGCUGAACUGGAGCAGCAGAUCCUGGCAGGAGGUAUGACUCUUAACUCUUUUUUGUUUAGUUGGAGUGUGAUAACUUCCACAGCUUCGGGCAAUCUGCGUGCUGUGUCACCGGACACCAACCAAGCUAAACUAGGUGUUGCUAGUGAAUAUGCCAACCUGGUUCAACCUCACAGUCUUUUGGACCCCAAAGUGCUUGGCUUGCAGUCUGGAGGGGCUGGCAGUAUUCUUUAUGGUAUUGACAGCAUGCCAGAUUUACGCCGCAAGAGGACAGUGCCUCUUGUCCGAGACCUGACCCUCACUGCUCGAAAGGCAGGCAUCUCGUUCGCUCUGGUGAACCGGUCCACCCUGAAUAAUGAGGACCUGAAACUACAUGUCUUCAAGAAGACUCUCCAGGCCUUGAUCUACCCGAUUUCAUCCACAACACCCCAUAACUUUGAGGUGUGGACAGCAACUGCACCCACCUACUGCCAUGAGUGCGAGGGGCUGCUGUGGGGCAUUGCCCGUCAGGGCAUGCGCUGCUCAGAGUGUGGCGUUAAAUGCCACGAGAAGUGCCAGGACCUGCUCAAUGCAGAUUGUUUACAAAGGGCAGUGGAAAAGAGCUCCAAGCAUGGGGCAGAGGACAAGACCCAGAAUAUCAUUAUGGCUAUGAAGGAGCGCAUGAAGAUAAGGGAGAAGAACACUCCUGAAGUAUUUGAGGUGAUCCAGGAGAUGUUCCACGUCUCCAAAGAAGACUUCACCAGCCAUCUGAAAACAGCCAAGCAGGCUGUUCUGGAUGGGACCUCCAAGUGGUCUGCCAAAAUCAGCAUCACAGUCAUGAGUGCACAGGGCUUGCAGGCCAAGGAUAAAACUGGCUCCAGCGAUCCUUACGUCACCGUGCAGGUGGGCAAGACCAAACGCAGGACAAAGACCAUCUUCGGAAACCUCAACCCAGUCUGGGAUGAGAAAUUCUACUUCGAAUGUCACAAUGCCACUGACCGCAUCAAGGUGCGUGUGUGGGAUGAGGAUGAUGACAUCAAAUCACGGGUGAAGCAGCAUUUCAAGCGUGAGUCAGACGACUUCCUGGGCCAGACCAUCAUCGAGGUUCGCACUCUCAGUGGAGAGAUGGACGUUUGGUACAAUCUAGAUAAAAGGACUGACAAGUCUGCGGUAUCUGGUGCCAUCAGACUCAAGAUCAGCGUGGAGAUGAAAGGGGAGGAGAAUGUGGUUCCUCCUCACGGCCAGUACACCUGUUUACAUGAGAACCUUUUCCACUACCUGACCGAGGUGAAGAACAGCGGGGUGGUGAAGAUCCCGCAGGUGAAAGGGGACGAGGCGUGGAAGGUCUACUUUGACGACGUGUCUCAGGAGAUAGUGGAUGAGUUUGCCAUGAGAUACGGAGUGGAGUCCAUCUAUCAGGCUAUGACGCACUUCUCCUGUCUGUCUGCCAAAUACAUGUGUCCCGGUGUGCCAGCAGUGAUGAGCAACCUGCUUGCUAAUAUCAAUGCCUACUUCGCCCACACCACCACCACCACCACAACCACUGCCUCCGCUUCUGACCGAUUUGCUGCGUCUAACUUUGGUAGGGAGAAAUUUGUCAAAUUACUGGACCAGCUGCAUAACUCACUGAGGAUCGACCUCUCUAAAUAUCGAGAUAAUUUCCCUGCAGGAAACCCAGAGCGUCUCCAAGAUCUGAAGUCCACUGUUGAUCUGCUGACCAGCAUCACCUUCUUUAGAAUGAAGGUACAAGAGCUCCAGAGUCCACCGAGAGCCAGUAUGGUGGUGAAGGACUGCGUGAAGGCGUGUCUUGACUCCACAUACAAAUACAUUUUUGAUAACUGUCAUGAACUGUACAACCAACUCCUUGACCAGAGCCGAAAGCAGGACAUUCCCCGGGAGGAGCAGGGUCCGUCAAUAAAGAACCUGGACUUCUGGCCAAAACUCAUCACUCUCAUGGUGUCUGUAAUCGACGAGGACCGGACGGCUUACACCCCAGUCAUUAACCAGUUUCCACAAGAGCUGAAUGCUGGCAAGAUCAGCGCUGAGAUCAUGUGGAGCCUCUUUGCCCUGGAUAUGAAGUAUGCAAUGGAAGAGCAUGACAAGCACCGCCUAUGCAAAAGUACUGAAUACAUGAAUCUUCACUUCAAAGUCAAAUGGUUCCAUAAUGAGUAUGUUCGUGACCUGCCGGCCUUCAAGAAUGUUCCGCCUGAGUAUUCUCUGUGGUUUGAGCCAUUUGUCAUUCAGUGGCUUGAUGAGAACGAGGAUGUUGCCAUGGAUUUCCUCAAUGGAGCGCUGGAAAGGGACAAGAAAGAUGGAUUCCAGCAAACCUCGGAGCACGCCCUCUUCUCAUGUUCGGUAGUGGAUGUGUUCACUCAGCUAAACCAGAAUUUUGAGAUUAUCAAGAAGCUGGAGUGUCCGAACCCACAGGCUCUGGCUCACUUCAUGUGCCGUUUUGCGAAGACUAUCAACAAAGUUCUUCUGCAAUAUGCUGCAAUCAUAUCCAAGGACUUUCCUUUGUAUUUGAGUAAGGAGAAUGUGCCCUGCAUCAUCCUCAACAACAUUCAGCAGCUCCGUGUCCAACUGGAGAAGAUGUUUGAGUCCAUGGGUGGCAAACAGCUGGAUGCCGAGGCCAGUGAUCUGCUAAAGGAGCUGCAGAAUAAACUCAACACGGUGCUGGAUGAGCUCAGCGGAGUGUUUGGCUCCAGUUUCAAAGGUGUGAUCGAGGACUGUGUGAAGCAGAUGAACCAGGAGCUGGUUCAGAUGAAAGGUACGGCCAAAGGAAGCAACCCUGCAAUGGACGCUGAGACUGUCCUCCGGCCUCUUAUGGACCUCCUGGAUAAAAAUUUGAUGUUAUUUGCCAAGAUUUGUGAGAAGACUGUGCUGAAACGAGUCCUCAAAGAGCUGUGGAAAAUCGUGCUGAACACUAUCGAGAGAACAAUUGUUCUGCCUCCAUUGAGUGACCAGAGUCAAGGAGCUCAGAUGAUAUUCAAUGCUGCCAAGGACUUGGGACAGCUGUCCAAACUGAAGGAGCAUGUAACUCGAGAGGAAGCCAGAAGUCUGACUCCACGACAGUGUGCAGCCAUGGACCUCGUGCUACCCACCAUCAAGCAAUACUUCCAUGCCGGAGGAAAUGGGCUGAAGAAAACCUUCCUCGAAAAGAGCCCUGAUAUGAAGUCCCUCAAAUAUGCUCUCAGCCUUUACACUCAACCUACAGAUGCCUUGAUCAAGAAAUAUAUAUGCACCCAAACCUCUCAAGGUCAGUCAUCCAACGGAUCCGUGGGGGAGGUGUCGAUGCAGGUGAAUCUCAUCUCUCACCCUGGCACUGGAGAGCAUAAAGUCAGCGUGAAGGUGGUUGCAGUGAACAACCUCACCUGGCAAACCAACGCCAUGUUCCGGCCGUUUGUUGAGGUCAACGCCGUAGGACCACAUCUGGCUGACAAGAAGCGCAAAUUCAGCACCAAGACCAAGAAUAACAAUUGGUCACCAAAGUACAAUGAAACAUUCCAAUAUGUUCUAAGUAAUGAACAUGGUCCGGAGGCCUACGAGCUGCACGUCUCCGUAAAGGACUACUGCUUUGCCCGCGAGGACCGCAUCAUCGGCAUGACGGUGAUCCAGCUCAGAGAGCUGGCAGACAAGGGCAGCUGCUCCGCGUGCUACCCCCUGAUGAAGAGCAUCUCCAUGGACGAAACUGGCCUCACCAUCAUGAGGAUACUCUCUCAAAGGACCAACGAUGAGGUGGCCAAAGAGUUUGUGCGUCUCAAGACAGACACACGCUCGGCGGAGGAAGUGUCAUAAUGUGCAGCAAAAUGGCAGUAAUAAAAGAGUUGUGUUGUCUUAAAUGAGAGAUAAAGAGGAAAGGGAGAAGGAGCAGUAGCAACAGAUGUUCUUUCUGGAUGAAAGCUGGAGAAUGUGAUUGUCCAAAGAGAAGCGCAGGAGGCCCAAAUGUGGCGAGGCAGCAAGACAGACAGUCAGAGAGAGAGAGAGAGAGAGAGAGAGAGAGAGAGAGAGAGAAGGUUGUGUUUGUUUGUUUUUGUGCAUGUGCGUAAAACAUCUGUUGGAAUGUUCAUUUUAAAACUACAGUAUUAGUGUUUACUUACCGUAUGCUUACUAUUAAGUACUAUAUUCUACGAGUUAUGUUGACGAGACAUGAAAUACCUUUUUUACAACAUUUAGUCUUUUUGAACAGAGAUUUGUUCCAAUAAAGUGCCAAACCAGUGUAAAAAAGAACAAAACCAACGUAUAUGAAUUAUGGUGAACUUAGUAUGUUUGAAAUUUGCUCGAUUAUUUUGUCCGGUGUAAGUCAUUUUCUGACCGUGUGGCGUUUUGAUUGUUGCAAAGUCUUUCAUUUUGCACCCUCGUUUUUUGGCUUAACGUUCUUCCACACAGCACUGUUGUGCAUGUCCUCUUCUCGGUCAUGUCUCUCCCAUGAUUCCACAGUGACCACCGAGCAGGGUCCUGUCCCCUUGCCUUCAAACUGUUUGUAUUUUAAGUCAACCUGAAAAAAGACCGUGUUUUUUUAAAUGGCGAUGACUGCUAUGUAAACCUUCAUAGGUGUUUGUAAUUUUAUAACCAUGACAACAAUGAUGACAGCCUCCAGUGCUAACAGUCUUAGCAGAAAGGAUGGAAAUGUUUUAUUUUUCUUUGGCUUUUUGUUUGUUGUUUUGAGCCAUCAGCUUCCAGCCUUUCUGAAUGACCACUGUGAACAUGAGCUUUGGAAGGCAAGCUUACAUGACAUUGCUGACAGUUUGAUAUUAUUGUUUUCAUAUUUUUCCGAUAACUUUGUUCCUGAAAAACUGCCAAAGUUAUAUAAAAUAUUUGUACAAAAGCAAUCCAUUACAUGUAUGAAGAUAAAUAUGUACAUGUGAUCUAUUACUUUUUCAAUGCUUUAUAUUUGAUUAUUGAUAGGGUGGUACUAAGAUAUUUUUUUUGUUAUUUCCUGUGAAGCUGUUAACCAAUAUGAAAGUUGCACAUGUUACUUUACACAUUAGUUAUAUCAGCUUCUGUCAUUUCGAGUUAUUUUUCUUCAUGAAAGAAAGAGUAUAAAUGGUAAAUAUGCAACAUUCCUAUGUAUUGCACUGAUGGCGAAUUGUAUGUCAUGUAAAUAUAUUUAGUGAGAUAUUGUAUAAAAGUCUACUUUUCUUCAAUGUGCAUAAAGUAUGUGCAAAUGUGUUUAAA